AGAGGCUCCGCCGCGUUCCCAUAAUGCACCGCUGCGCAGCUGCAGAUGGAAUGUAGCUCUCUAGCCUCGAAUGCUAGCCGCAACAUCGCAGUAAAGUUUGAUAAACACGUCAUGAGCGGCUCAAACCCGCCGCCAGCCACGCACUGACAACACAUGCGUAAGAUCGACCGAGGCAAAAGUGCUGUGAGCACAAUCUUGUGGUUGGGAAUCCAUAUGCUGGUACACUAUCUUCCUGUUGCUUUUGCUCAACUGCUCAGCGAUGAACAUUGAUGAAAAACUGGAGGGGAUGCUCAUGAAAUGCGGCCCUGUGGGGCUUCACCAUCCUACUAGAGGCUUGGGGCCCUCAAGGAUGGAUGGAAGAGGAAGGAGAGGCAGUUUGGAUAUGACUCUUGGGGAAAGAAGCUUGGCCAAUCAUCCCCUUUUGGCAGAGGAUGAUGACGACGAGGAUGAAGACGACGACGACCUGGCAGGUGCAGGGCUGACCUCACAUGAUCUGAUGUCGCAGAAUGAUCUGAUGGUUCAUGAGGAUGCUGCGGAAAACGAUGGACAGGAUGGAGCAGCUUUCCCACAGCGAAUCUCCAAUAAACUACACUAUACGCUCAGUAUGCCAGUAAAUAUAAAGCAAGAAAUAAAAAUGCCAGAUUCACUGAUUCCGAAUAAGAAAGAGAAGAAACAAGGAAAGGACCCAACUGACUGUCACAAAAAGAAAAGAAAGCAGCACUCUCCUGCGAAGGUUUAUCAUCAUGCAUCAGAAAUUAAUAUUCUGACUAUUAAUGAAGACGGCUCGCUUAGCCACCAGAAUCCGAAAUCCCAUAUUUGUGAGCACUGUAAUGCUGCAUUUCGGACAAACUACCAUUUACAAAGACACGUUUUUAUCCACACUGGUGAAAAGCCGUUCCAGUGCAACCAGUGUGACAUGCGUUUUAUUCAAAAGUACCUGCUUCAGAGACACGAGAAAAUCCACACAGGAGAAAAGCCUUUUCGCUGUGAUGAGUGUGGGAUGAAAUUUAUCCAGAAAUAUCACAUGGAGAGACACAAGAGGACACACAGCGGAGAGAAGCCCUACCAGUGUGACUAUUGCCAUCAGUAUUUCUCCAGAACUGACAGAGUACUAAAGCACAGACGUAUGUGCCACGAGAACAAGGACAGAAAGGCGCAGAAAGCUGCUGGCAAAGACGUACCUCUUCACAGCCCAGAGAGUUUAGACUUCUCUUUUCCCGACAAAGAAUGCACCCUUCCCAAGAAGAAACGCCAGAAGACCUCUGACAAAAAUCGAGUCUCGCUCGAAACUUCUGCUCUCCCAGGAAAAACAGAAGAAGAUGCUACCGAGGAGAAAACGGAAGACACGCUUGUUAAAACCGAGUGUCUUCCUCUUUACGCAAUAGCCACCAAAGUAAAGGAUGAGUACGUUGUGGCGGAUUAUUCUGUUGAGAUGUCUGAUUCCCCACCUGGUGCCAGGCAUCUUGCAGAAGAGGAGUCUAUUGAUGAAAGCAUCAGUCCGCCAAAACUAGUGCUGAAAAAAAUUGCCAGAGGGAGGGGUAUAAAACAGCAACCUCUAGAACCUUCCCAAAGUCUCUCCCCCUUGUCCUCAUUCGAGGAGAGCAAAGUAACAAGAUACACAUUUGAGAUUGUGGAUAAUAAAGGCCUCUUGCAGGUCGAGACCAAUGCUGACAUGGAGUCGGUCGAUGCCUUACAAGCAGGACAAGCAAAACCGACCGGAAGCAGCACAAACUACGACGAUGCCAUGCAGUUUCUCAAGAAGAAGCGUUACCUCCAGGCAGCUACGGUGAAUGCUAGUCGGGACUACGCGUUGAACGUGAGCAGCAUUGUAUCGCAGCCCUCCGUCACUCAGGUGUCUGUAGCGAGCGUCAUUGAUGAGACCGUUCCCGUCACAAUUCUCUCCGAGACUCAAACUCUGAACGUGGAGAUCAAAUCCAGCAACGAGAAGAAUGUUCUUCCAGAUGAGGUUCUGCAGACGCUUCUCGAUCACUACUCGAAUAAGGCCAACGGGCAAGCGGAAAUUACCUUCAGUGUGGCAGACGCAGAGGUGACAUCCAGCAUCUCCAUCAACUCUUCCGAUGAGAGCAGCCCAGCAGAGUCUUUAGGGACGGGUUCACAAGCGCCCCCGACAGAAAAGGCCAGCCUUUUGCAGGAGUACUCCAAAUUUCUGCAGCAAGCACUAGAAAGGACCAGUCAGAAUGACACGUACCUAAACAACCAGAGUCUUACGUUUGUAAACGACAGUAACAGUCUUGCUGGCCAGCCUUUGUUUUCCACCGAGAAACAGUUCGCAUCCCCAUCCAGGUUUAGGCCGAGCAUGAACUCACCCUUGAGAUCUACCUUGGAUAAACCCAACUUUAGCCUUUUAGUAGAUUCCCAGCACUCCUUCUCUUUUUCGGGUGACGAGACUAACCCUUCCUCAGUUUCCCCAACAGACGACUUUCUCGACCAGGUGACACCUACUAAAAAGACUGACGCACAGACAUUUCAGAUGGCCUCUUUUGAGCAGAACUUUCGAUCUCAGUUCACAAGCUCACGAUCUGAAAUAUCUCCACAGUUCAGCAUUGCCAGUGGACAAGUUAACCUGAGAGGAGGAACAGAUUUCCCAGAGUUCUCUCUGGUCAGUGAAACAAGAACUCAACUAACCUCAUCUCCAGAUGCUUCAAGCAGCCAAACCUUUGGAUGAACAUAAGCUUUUAAUGAUUCAAAGCAUUUAAAAGGCACUUUAUAUUCAAGGUCUUUGAAUUCAAUCAGUGAAGGCAAUGUGGUUUAUGUGCAGAGUUUUCAUCUCCAUCAAUCAAGCAAAUCAUGCGUGGGAAUCAAAGUGGUACAUCACAUAAGAUUUUAUUUUCAGCACUUCUAAAGAAGACUAUGGGAUGUUUUUUUGUGUUGUGGCCUUGUUUGUGUAAUCCGCAUAUAAUGAUCAAGAUGAGUGAAAGAUGGCAUGGCAAAUUAGUUAAUGUAA